AUGACAUGCAAGGAACCACCUUUCAUUUCAAUCGCAGACGAAUGGUCAGUGCGAUUCGAGGACGAAUCUCGCCUCAUUGCGUCAGAAUAUCAAGGCGGGCUCGGCAGAUAUGCCAAGUUGGAACCACACGCUGCAUCUCCAAGUACGGCCGUGGCAACAGAUGCGCCACGCCACAAAUCCAUCGCUGCAGCAGUCUCGGAUGCUCAUCCAAUAGACGAUCACCGGACACCUGCAAAUAUGCCAACACCACAGUCGCUAUUUUAUGCAGACAGAGGUCAAAUACCACCAGAUCAAUACUCUGAUGGAGGCCACAGCAGGAAAAAUAGCGAUGCGUCGUUCAUGGCGCCGCCCGGCUCGUCUCAUUCGAAUGGCUAUGCCAACAUCGUGACAGAAGGCUUUGCCCAAAUCAAAGAGGAACGGGGCGGUCAGCUUCGAACCACAUACCGAUGCGGGAGUGACGCAUCUACGGCGGCCUCCAUCGCGGGGAUGACAGCAACUGAAGCACAACCUCAAUAUCACGAUGCCAAUAUCAUCAACAUUGAUCCAGGACCUCUUCCCGACACUGGUAUGAUGACGCCGCCCGGCGAGAAAAAUGGAGAACGAGAAUAUCUCAACACACCUGAAGAAUUGCACUUUAUGCAAGUUUUCGUGUCUGAAGUGGGCAUUUGGAUGGACAGCCUGGACAAGGAAAAACAUUUCUCGAGGCUAAUACCGUACCAUGCGCUAAAGUGUCCCAUGUUAUUGAAUGCCCUACUUGCGUGCGGAGUGAAGCAUCUCACACUGACACAUCAGUACACUGACGACAAAGCCCUGUUCUACUAUGACACUGCCACGACUCAACUCCUUCGAAGUUUACAGAACCCUGAACGCAACACAGCCGAGUGCGCAGCCACAGCCGUCGUUCUCAACGUCUAUGAGAUCAUGAGCGAGAAGCCCGCCCAGCGUAUGAGCCAUAUAGCAGGCGCGCGCGCCUUGAUCCGAGAAUGUGGAUGGAAUGCAAAGAGCACGGGUCUCGGCGCGGCAUGUUUCUGGUUAAACGUUGGUAUGGAGUUGCUUUCAUGCUUGUCCUUUAAUUGGCAGACGGCUUGGGACCCUGAACAAUGGGGUUUGGACAUGGAUCUGAAGUCGGAAAAAGAACAGGGAAAAGAAGAGAUUUGGGUUCAUCGAAUCUUUUACGUCGUGGCCAAAAUCGCAAACUUCCGCGCCAGUAUUCCGAAAUUCCAGGAGCCCAGUCCGCAUGAUGAGCAGGUCCGUCGCCAGGCCCGUUUUGCUGAAUGGCAACGCCUCAAGAGUCUAUGUGAUGAAUGGAAUAAUGCUUGUCCACGGCCCAUGCACCCUUUCGCCUACUUGUAUCCCGCUCAAGGGGGCAAGUCACAUUUCCCCAAUGUCUGGCUCAUUAAGCGUGCUGCCAUUGUAGGCCGCCUCUACUAUCAUACGGCGCAAUGUCUCCUCGCACAGAUUAACCCAUUGCUAGCCAAGGAGUGCGAAGAGUCACGCGCACUGCAGCAACAUCAUGCUCACCAGGUUUGCGGAAUUGUUGCACAUACCAAGGACCGUGGUGUAUCCUCUGUGGCCAUACGCUCGCUUGCUAUUGUUGCCGAAGUGCUGGACAAAUUGGAAGAGCAGCGAGAGGUCAUUGGGAUUUUGGAGAGGAUCGAGUCCGAGACGGGUUGGCGGCUUGCUGCGCUGCUCAAGAAUCUCAAACGAGUAUGGGGGUGGGAGAAGAUGGCCGGUACUGGACUUGCGGCGCAGUUUUUGGCGCAGAGUCCCUCGACGCAAGCAUCCAAAGCUCAGCAGCAGCGACAGCCACCACCGCCAAUCCAGACAACAACACCACCGAAUGGACAGAUGAUGCCUGGGAUGGAGAAGGCGCAACAAACCCUGGCGGCACCGAGGCCAAUAAGGAAUCCCAAUCCUCUUAGCAAUGGCGAUUUCAGCCUUCCCGAUCACCCCUACAAGAAUUGGUAUGAGCCGCCCACUCGGUCAAGCACAUUCAGUUCUACACAUGGGUUUCUAUAA